AUGGGUUGUGGCUGUGUGAAAAUGUUCUCAAAAGCCUUUUACUCGUCGCGUCUCCGUUGUUUGACCCGACGACGACACUCACGAUGGUACUCUUCGUUGCCCGACGCAGCUCCGGUGCCCAGCAAAGGGCGCGUUAUCUUCUCUGGGAUUCAACCAACUGGCAUCGUACAUCUUGGCAAUUAUUUUGGGGCACUUUCGAACUGGGUGAAGCUACAGAAUGAAGCAGGGCCCGAGGACGAUGUGAUAUUCUCGAUUGUAGGCUGGCACGCGCUCACGCUACCUCAAAAUCCAAAAAGUUUAUCUGCAUCGCGCGCCGAUAUGUUCGCAACGCUACUUGCAUUUGGAAUAGACCCUCGUAAAUCUGUUGUCUUCCACCAGGACGAUAAUCGAUGCCACGUAGAACUUACUUGGAUAUUGAGUUGCCUUACGCCGGUUGGAAAGCUGCAACGAAUGACGACUUGGAAGUCACGGCUGGCUACAAGUCGCAAUUCAAACGAUGAAUCCGAAGUCGACGAAUCGAUGCUCAACGCAGGGUUAUUCACUUAUCCGAUACUCCAGGCAGCGGACAUUCUUGCAUACCGGGCUACACACGUUCCCGUCGGUGAAGACCAGACUCAACAUCUAGAACUCAGCAGAGAGCUGGCAAGGUCCUUCAAUCUAGCAUUCGACCGCCGAAAAAAGUUCUUCCCAACCCCAACACAGCUUAUAACACCCUGCAAGCGCGUUCUGUCUCUCAAAGACCCGCAGUCAAAGAUGUCCAAGUCAUCUCCGGAUCCCUCGUCCCGCAUCAUGCUUACCGAUACAAGCUCCCAGAUCGAGCGCAAAAUUAAAGGCGCAGUCACAGAUUCGAUUCAAGGCAUCACGUACGACCCAGUGGGUCGACCAGGAAUUUCCAAUCUCCUAACGAUGCUUGCCGCGUGUGAAGAUGCAGAAGUCGAGAAAGUUGCAGAAAAAUACGCGGAUAAAAGUAAUGCGGUAUUAAAGAAGGACGUCUCUGAAGCACUUGAAAAUCUGUUAAAGGGUCCACGAGCAGAGUUUGAAAGACUCAGACAGGAUCCAGGUUAUCUGGCGGAAAUGGCGAAACUUGGCGCUAGCAAGGCAAAGGAAAGGUCGCAGAAAACUAUGAAGGAGGUUAGGACUAUGAUUGCGGAAAGCCACGAUCAACCGCAGAUUAAAGAACUGGACGGACUGGAUAGAAUCAACGCCGAAACACCGGCUCAGAGUGUCGAGCGCGCCAGUCGCAAAGUCAAGAGAUUGUAUGAAAAAGAGGGAGAAAACUCUGAUGUGGCUGCUCGGAUACUUCGCGCUAUGGAAAACCUCGAAAGUCGGAUUGCCCCGGUGUUCAAACAACUUGCUGAAGUCAAAGAACUCAAUGAGAAGCUCCAGGAACGACUAGCCGCUGCGGAAUCCUCGAAAGUUGGUUAUAAAGAACAACUUGUCAAGGCAAGACGCGAAGUCAAGAAUGCGAGGGAUGAGGUCGAGAGACAGCAACAGCGAGCUGAGAAAUACCUCAAUCUUGUUAAGGAUAAAGAAAUUGAGUUCAAGAAACUGCAGGAAGACGUCGUUACUCGAGAGAAUGAGGUGUGUAUUGCUGUUAUCUAUGAACGCAGCAAUCCACUAACCAGGUGUCAGACGAAGUUGCUCAAAAUGAAAAUGAAAGCUCUAACAAAGACUCAAAGGCGAAAACCACGGCAGAGCAGCGACGCCGAUGCAUCUCUCUUAAUCGAACUCGCUCCUGCAGAUGACUCUGAUAAUAAGAGACUCAAAAUCCGCAAAUUAUCAAAACCUUCGUUGCAGGACAUGAAUACGGAUCCACCACGUCGAAUACCCGCAAAUAAAAAAUAUGGCACGAACCUCGUCAACGGCAUUGUUAACGCCAAUAAAGCCCAGAAUGACCUUUUCAAGAUUGGUAAAAAUAACCAAAGAACUGAAAUGGCUAUUUGCUGGGUUCCACAGCUUGCGUCUGUAAAGGUGGAGAAGAAGAUUGAAGAAAGGACCCCAACUGCUAAUGUUGAUACGGAGGCGGAGGCUUGA